UGCGGACGGCGGGGCCCGCUCGGCACCUCGGUGCCCGUCAGCCGCCUCUGAGCCGUCCCGCGGGCCGGGCAUGGGCGCAGGCGUCGGCGGCGGCACGAUGAGCACCCUGGGCAGCCCUGUCCGCGCUUACGACUUCCUGCUCAAGUUCUUGCUGGUGGGCGACAGCGACGUGGGCAAAGGCGAGAUCCUGGCGAGCCUGCAGGAUGGCGCGGCCGAGUCCCCGUACGGCCACCCGGCGGGCAUCGACUACAAGACCACCACCAUCCUGCUGGACGGCCGGAGGGUGAAGCUGCAGCUCUGGGAUACAUCCGGGCAGGGAAGAUUUUGUACCAUAUUCCGCUCCUACUCUCGGGGCGCACAGGGUGUGAUCCUGGUCUAUGACAUCGCAAACCGCUGGUCCUUUGAUGGCAUCGACCGGUGGAUUAAGGAGAUAGACGAGCACGCCCCUGGCGUCCCUAAAAUCCUGGUGGGAAACCGCCUGCAUCUGGCCUUCAAGCGGCAGGUCCCCACGGAGCAGGCGCAGGCCUACGCGGAGCGCCUGGGCGUCACCUUCUUCGAGGUCAGCCCUCUGUGCAACUUCAACAUCACCGAGUCCUUCACGGAGCUGGCCAGGACCGUGCUGCUGCGACAUGGGAUGGACCGGCUCUGGAGGCCGAGCAAGGUGCUGAGCCUGCAGGACCUAUGCUGCCGCGUGGUGGUGUCCUGCACGCCCGUGCACCUGGUGGACAAGCUCCCGCUGCCCAUGGCCUUGAGGAGCCACCUCAAAUCCUUCUCCAUGGCCAGCGGCCUAAACGCCAGGAUGAUGCACGGCCGCUCCUACUCCCUCACCACCAGCUCCACCCACAAGAGGAGCGGUCUGCGCAAAGUGAAGGCCACCCGCCCGCCCCAGAGCCCGCCCAGGCGCUGCCCCAGGAACAGCUGCAAAGUCUCCUGAAGACGGCGUCUGAGCACAGACCCCGGCCCCUCCGGGAGAGACGCCAAGCAGUCGCCCGCGGGACGGACGCGGGACCGACG